AUGGGAAACCGUACAAAAGUGACAGUGUUCAUUCUAGCGGGUUUGACGGAUAACCCAGAGUUGAAGGUUGUGUUGUUUGUCUUCCUGCUUCUCACCUAUGUGCUAAGCGUCACUGGCAAUCUGACCAUCAUCAUGCUUACCCUCGUGGAUACUCAUCUUAAGACUCCCAUGUAUUUUUUCCUUAGAAAUUUUUCCUUCUUAGAAAUUUCCUAUACUACAACAUGCAUUCCUAAAUUGCUAGUUACUAUGGCAACUGGGGACAAAACCAUUUCCUAUAACAGUUGUGUCACGCAAGUGUUUUUCGCCUUCCUACUUGGAGCGUCUGAAUUUUACUUGCUGGCUGCCAUGUCCUAUGACCGCUAUGUUGCCAUCUGUAAGCCCCUGCAUUACACGACCAUCAUGAGCAGCAAAAUCUGCACACAGCUUGUCCUCAGUUGUUGGCUUGCUGGAUUUUUUGUCAUCUUUCCACCCCUUCUCUUGGGCCUAAAUCUUGACUUCUGUGCCUCCAACAUUGUUGAUCAUUUCUACUGUGACACUACCCCUCUCCUGCAGAUCUCCUGCACGGACACACAGCUCCUCGAGAGGAUGGGAUUUGUCUCUGCCUUAGUGACACUCUUGGUCACACUGAUAAUGGUGAUAAUAUCAUAUACUUAUAUUGCACUGACAAUUUUAAAAAUCCCUUCAACUAGUCAGAGGAAAAAGGCUUUUUCCACAUGUUCUUCUCACAUGAUUGUGAUAUCCCUUUCUUAUGGCAGCUGCAUCUUUAUGUACGUUAAACCAUCGGUCAAACAAAGAAUAUCAUUUUCAAAAGGAAUUUCGGUGCUCAAUACCUCUGUGGCUCCAAUUUUGAACCCUUUCAUUUACACCUUAACAAACCAACAGGUGAAAAGAGCCUUUGUGAAUACCAUAGACAGGGUUAUCUUAUCUCUUUCUCAAAGAAAUGAACAUUCUUUUGCAUGCUAUAAAAUAAGUGAAUAA